AUGGACUCUCUCAAAUUUGGAGUCACAAUUCCUGCAGUUAUUAUUACACUAGAUAAGCCUCAGCAGACAUAUACAAGCCAUUCGAACAUUAGUGGAAUGGUUUCGUUUACACCAGCUCGCACAACUCCGUUUGACUCGGUAGAGAUUAGCCUUGAAGGCACUUCUCGCACACAAGUGCCGACAGCAACAAAGCUUGCAAUUGGUACACAUCAGUUUCUGCAUUUAUUGAUGCCAGUAUCAGAGUCAGCAUAUCCUAUAAACCAUGUUGCGGAAUCGGGAAAGACAUAUAGGUUUAAUUUUACUUUCGCUGUGCCACAGAAGCUUCUUCCGACCGCAUGCCGGCAUCGAAUAGCAAACUCCAACUGCCUUCACGAUGACCACACUCAAGCUCCGCCUUCAAUGCCCUACUCGUCCGACAAACAGCAUGAUAUGUCUCCUAUGACGGUGAAAAUAGAGUAUGCCAUCAGGGCUAAGCUCUUGCAUCGAUCUUCUGGCACAGGAAAAGUUGAAAUCAUCUCCCAGGCUUUUCGCCCGCUCCACAUCAUCCCUGACUCAGCUGACCAACCGCCACUUACUUUUGAUCUCAUCAACAAUGAUUACAUCCUUCAGAAAAGCAAGACUCUAAGAAAAAGUCUAUUCAAGGGGAAGCUUGGAACGAUCACAGCCACUUCAGCGCAACCCGCUUCAUUUCGAUUCAAUCCAUUGUCGCCAGCAGCAUCUUCAUUGAGUACUUCUGCUCCGAUCCAUGUGCGCUUCGACCCGAUUGAUUCGCAUGAUCCUCCGCCUAAACUUGGAAGCAUAAAUAGUCGGAUUCGCGUCAGCACAUUCUUCUCAGCCGAGCCAUAUGAUUCAGUGCCCAGCCAUGCAAGCAUGAUCCAGACCCAGCGACCAAAUUGCAGCGUUUACGAGACAUCCAUGCAUCUCUCGACCUACGAGACAUCCAGCAUCAAAUGGGAGAAGCAAUCCGAGCGAAAUGUGGCUCCACCAUUGGGGUCGAGUAUAUUAGGACGAGAUAGCGGGUAUUGCACUCCGUCAGAGUCUGUCUUAGCCUCUGCAAAUUCAGCGGCUGAACUCGCCCCAUCCACGUCAUGCGAUGCCGGUAGUCAGAACGACCCCUACUACACGGCAACGAUCAUGGUGCCGGUGAGCCUGCCAAAGACUAAGAUCUGGCUCCCGAGUUUCAACUCUUGUCUCCUGUCGCGCGUAUAUACGCUUGAUAUCGCUCUAUCUGUGCAGAAUGGCACUGGUGUGCCUGCCUCAAUCAUAGGGCUCCGGGUACCGGUCCAGGUAUCAUCUUCCAGCUCCCAAUCCGGUGAUACAUUGGCGGACACUGUUGCCGAAAACGAAGAACUAGAUGACUUGGCGGUGCUGCUCGAUGACAGACUGGACGCAGCGUCGCAGAUCCGUGGAGAGGACGACAUUUUGCCACAGUAUUGA